AGGUACCCAGUGUUUUAGUCCCCUCCCUCAUAAUGCUACCUUCUUCCUUUUACAAAAGAAACAGUUUUUUUUUUUUUUGUUUCUUAGGUUCGUUAUUAAACAUUUACACCAUUAACAGACCUCUCUCUCUCUCUCUCUCUCUCAAUUUUCUUGGAUUCCUACUUUCUCCACUUUCCCGGAAAAUAUUUUACUUCUACUUCCCAGGAAACUAUUCUUUAUUAAUUACCCUCUUCACUCUCUCCUCUCUCCACACCCCCAUAAUUUUCCUCUUCACUUUCUCUCUCUCUCUACCUUCCCAGAAAAUUUCACUUCUUGAUUGAUUUUCUUACCCACUUCACUCUCUCUCCAAUCCUCCAAGAACCCAUCACUUGAAUCCCAGUACUUGGUUUCUUGCUCAGCCACUCAACUCUCUCAGUGAGCUCCCAGAGCUCCAAUGGCCGCCGAGAACGCACUAAAAUCUCGAGAGGUCUCAGCCAUGAUCAAACAGGGCUUCAUCUCCGAUCAAACGCUCUCAUUCUCACCAUCAAGAUCCAUAUCCAAGCUCUACUCUCCCACUUCCUCGCCCUCAAAGACCCUCUCUUCUCCUCCCCCACCACCUCAACUCGCCGGGUCGACUCAGUCUUUAACUCGCCCGAGUCAGUCCCAAACCCUCUACGAGAUGAUGUCCGAUGAGCAACACCGAGACUCCAAGCUCGCAGACCGAAAAGUCCACGAAAAAGUCCACAAACUCCUCCAAAACGCACCGUUCCGAAACCCCAAUUGGGGAGGGCUAGUAUCCGGCGACGUGAGGCUCACUGUGGUAGCCAAGGACGGGUUCAGGGUCACCAUGGACGUGCACAAGAGCGUUUUGGCCGCGAAAAGCCGGUUUUUCGCCGAUAAGCUCCGAAAAGAUCGCGGGGUUUCUCACUGUGUCGAGAUUUCGGACUGCGACGAUGUUGAGGUCUAUGUGGAAACUGUGGUGUUGAUGUAUUGUGAAGAUUUGAAGAGGAGGUUCAUGGGCGAGGAGGUCUCUAGGGUUUUGGGCUUGCUAAAGGUAUCUGCUGCUAUCAUGUAUGAUGAGGGGAUUGGCUCAUGCUUGGAGUAUUUGAAGGCUGUUCCAUGGUCUGAGGAAGAAGAGGGGAAAGUUAUAUCUCAGCUCAAUGAACUUCAGCUUCAUGAUGACUUGGCCAGUGAAGUUCUCCUAAGAGUGUCAUCUGAACCAUCCACUUCUGCAAGAGCCGAUGAGAUCUUUAUGAGGCUGCUGACCGGUGUUCUUCAAGCAAAAGACGAUAGGGCUCGUCGUGAAAUGAAGACUCUCAUCUCUCGGUUGCUUAGAGAAGAUGCAGCCAGUGGCAGCAAUAACAGGCUUGAUGUCUCUAAAGAAACCCUUUACCAUCUUUGCCAUCGGUGUCUGAGUUCUCUUGUCCUGUGCCUAUCUGAAGCCACGGGCAUGGAUGACAGUAGGAGGGAUCGCGGGGUUUUAAUGGCGGAGAUAGCAAGAGAAGCUGAUAACAUGCAGUGGAUUGUUGAUAUUCUGGUAGACAAGAAAAUGGGUGAUGAGUUUGUGAAAUUGUGGGCUGAUCAGAAGGAGCUCGCAGCCCUCCAUUCGAAGAUCCCAACCAUGUACCGACACGAAAUCAGUAGAAUCACUGCUCAGCUAUGCAUUGCAAUUGGGAGCAGACAAUUGCUUGUGCCCAAAGAAACAAGAUUUUCUUUGCUAUCUACAUGGCUAGAAGCUCUUUAUGAAGACUUUGGAUGGAUGAGGAGGGCUUCUUUUAGAUCUAUUGAUAAGAAACUGGUUGAAGAGGGGAUAAGCCAAACCAUUCUUACACUGCCCUUGCAGCAGCAACAGGGUAUCUUGCUCAAUUGGUUUGAUAGAUUUCUAAACAAGGGCGACGACUGUCCAAACAUUCAGAAGGCAUUUGAGGUCUGGUGGAGACGAGCUUUUAUUAAACAUGUAUCGGAGCAGGAAAAUACCCAGUUGCAAAUAACUGUGUGUGAUUAUCCAAGCUGAACCAAGUUCACAAAAGCAACAUUUCUUUAGUUUUCUGGAUCA